UAAAAAUGAAAAUGUGUCCGCGGGGUGUUGGCCUUGGGCGGGCUUCCCUCACUCUUUGUAAGCCUUUCGCCCUCAAUGUCCCCACCCGCGCCAUCUUCGUUAGGGGCACUGUUGAAACCCAGUUGGAAAUGUGGGCGCCCGAAGCUACCUGGACGACGCGGAACAAAAACGCAAAUAAAGAGAGAAUCAUCAAUGGAACUACUAAAAACAAGCACGCUUUUCAGGCAUCGGUGGCGGUGGAAUCUUUUCUCUUUUUUCAUUUCAUCCCAAAGACGCCAUUUUAUUUGAGGGCACAAUUUCGGGGUUUUUUCUUUAAAACCGCCAUCUUUGUUGCGGGCUGCAGGUUCUCUGCGCCGCCAUUUUAAAUACGGCCUACUCAAUUAUUUCUAUACGCUACAAACCACGGAGAUAGAAAAAGUAUAGAAUGACCUCUGGAGGUUCUAGCUAUAAAAUUUCCGAGUUUCCAUUGGAAAUAAACAGAAAAGAACUUUUAAGAUAUUAGUACAGCAACGUGUUCAAACAAGCUGCCAAAAAGAGGACCUCACGCUAUUUCUGACUCGGUCUUAUUUAGUGUGCAAAAACCAGUUCAACGUUUAUUUUAUUUAAGCGUUCGGGGGGGGGGAAUCGUCUUUACCGGUGCCCAGAAUUUAGCCCCCUUGUUUGGGAGGUGGAAGUGGACGAACUCGACACAGCUUUGCAGUGUAGUCCGCUAUUAACAUUGCAAGCCAGAACAGCGACUGAGGCUGCUUUAGAUUCCCAGCCAAACUUCCCCAUACAACCCCCCCCCAUCAGCUGAAUCUGCUGCAAUUGCCCCUCCCUGCCCAAAUUCAGGGCUCAGUUGCGCUCAGAAAGUUUUGCACUCUAUUGGCUUCCAAGCAGGCAUGUUGCACUUUUAAAAGUCUAAAAACUAAACGCCUUUCAUGUCGAAAUAAGAACUGAGAUAAAAAGAGCAGAAACUCCUGUCUUCGUUGGUCCUGUUUGUUUUUCAAAAAAGCUUAGCUGCCGCCCAAUCACAGCUAUGUUAAAAUCCUGAAUUUCCCCGCUGAUCUCUGAAGGCACCUUUCAGAUUUCCGCUCUACUGAAGACGAAAAAGAUUCUACAGACACCUUCACACGACCCUUUGUGUUGAGAGUGGUAUCCCAGAAGCCCUUGCAAACACUUUGCGUUGCUGGGAAGCAGUUUAUAAGGGUCAAAAGCCAAGCCCUCAGCCGCAGCCAUUCCAGGUUCAAAGCCAUGUCCACAGGCACAGGACCCCUGAAGCCCCUCGUUGCGGUCUGCCAGGUGACCUCGACCCCCGACAAAGCCCAAAACUGGGCAUCUUGCUCACGGCUCGUCCAGGAGGCUGCCCGGCGGGGGGCCUGUGUUGUAUUCCUCCCGGAAGCCUUUGACUUCAUUGGCAACAAUGUCGAAGAGACUCUGCACCUAGCGGAGCCCCUAGAAGGAGAUCACCUGCAGCGUUAUGUCAGGCUGGCCAGGGAAUGUGGCCUCUGGUUGUCCCUGGGAGGCUUCCACGAGAGAGGCAGUGACUGGGAGAGCACAGGACGGAUCUACAACUGCCACCUCCUCUUGGAUCCAAAAGGAACCCUGGUGGCUGCCUAUCGGAAGACUCACCUUUUCGAUGUGGAGUUGGAGGGGCGAGUGUCCCUGAAGGAAAGUGCCUUUACCAAUCCAGGCUCCGAGAUUGUGCCACCUGUUGAGACCCCAGCCGGAAAGAUUGGUCUAGCCAUCUGUUAUGAUCUGCGCUUCCCAGAAAUGUCGAUCGCUCUGGCCCAGGAAGGGGCAGAAAUUCUCACCUUCCCAUCAGCUUUCACUGUGACAACAGGCUCUGCUCAUUGGGAGGUGCUGCUGCGCGCUCGUGCCAUCGAGACUCAGUGCUAUGUUGUAGCAGCUGCUCAGACGGGGAAGCACCACGAGUGCCGCACCUCCUACGGCCAUGCCAUGGUGGUGGACCCCUGGGGCAGCGUCAUCGCCCAGUGCCCGGAGGGGCCAGGUCUGUGCUAUGCAGAGAUCGACCUUGCCUACCUGCGCCGUGUCCGGCAGGAGAUGCCCGUCUUCCGCCACCGCCGGGCCGACCUCUAUGGCCAGGUGGCUACUCAGAAGGACCCUCCAUCCCUGUGACUUUCUUGGCUGCUGCUGGACUGGCCUCCGGAAUCCUGAUUGCAAGUGGCAGGGGGAAAGGAAUGGCCUCUGUUGCUCAAAAGAACUGCCUGGGUGGAUGGAUUUCCAUUAGCACAGCUGAUUCGACACACCAAGAGUUCUGCUGGGGGUGGGGGAUAAGUGGGAAUGACCGACAGAAAUGCCCCUAAUCUUCCCUCUGUGUCAGGGGAAGGACAGACGGACACACGAUUUGGCUCAAACCCCGCCUGCACGCCCAGCUUCCUCCUUGAGUCCUCCUGUGACUUGCUCAAAUGAACCCUUUUUGCCUAAGUCGGGUGGGGAACCUGUGGUCCUCCCAAAGUUGCUGGACUCUUAACUCCCAUCAGCCCCAGCCAGCAUGGCCAAUGGUCAGGAAUGUUGGGAGCUGCAGUCCAGGAAUAUUUGGAGGGCCUUUUCCUCCACUUCUGACCUAAAUAAAUCUGUCACCACCAGCCACCCUCAUUUCUAUUCUUUGCCCUUUCAUCCAUUUCCAAGAACCCAUCUUCGUUUAAGAAAAAGGUUCUAACCUUUAGGCAGGGCAGUUGGUACUUUGCAUUCAAAAGCUUGAAACUCUGUGCUGCUAAGGGUCAAAUAUCACAACUUGUACACACAUGAUGCAGACUGUUAAGGAUCACUUUGAUUUGCGCUGAUCUAUAUUGAAAUGUAUCCCUCCACUUGAUUGUACUUUAGUGAUGACCAAUAGAUUUUAGCAAGUAAAUUUGACUGAUGCAACUUGUAUACA